GUGGUAUUACUGAUAUCAUGCUUUUGUUUGGCAGUGCCCAUCAUACUGCCACAACAUGCUUAUUGUGUAUUCCCAGCCUUUUUGCUGUUCGAAGUAUGCGUUGGUAUAUUCUGGCCAGCGAUGGGCUAUAUGCGAGGUAUCUAUAUACCAGAGCAAACACGUUCCACCAUAAUGAACUUCUGUCGAAUACCGCUGAAUAUGAUCGUUAUAACGAUCCUUUUACAAAACCUUAAAAUGCAUAUCAUCUUCCAAUCGUGCGUUAUUUUCCUCAUACUCGCCACUCUAGCACAACAUUUUCUCUACAGACGCAUUCUGUCGUUGAAUACUAGCAAAGCGGAGUUUGACGGCACAAUCACAUCAGUAAACGCAAACACACCAAACAAUACGCCAUCGUCUUCACCUGUAACCCAACAAACAAAUAACAAUCGGCAAAAUUCAACGAAACCACCUCAACAAUUCUACUCAAAACCAAUUGCCGAACAAACACUUAAACGUCAAGAUUCAUUACCGAUUAUUAAAGACCCGCAACAUCAAUCGAUUACCAUGUCGUCUGAUCGAUCAAAAUCGCUAAAUGAUCAAAACGUUGUCAACAAGAACAACAACUUGAGUAAACCAUCGCCGUGCAAUAACGACUCAUCAUGA